AUGAUUGCACCAGGAAUUUUGUUACAAGGAGCAAGGGCACUGCCAAGGGCAGUGCCAAGGGCAAUGCCACGGGUAGUGUCAGUGGCCAGGCCAGUGGCCUGGCCAAUGGCAAGACACUUCCAUGUGUCGUCCCAGGUCAGCAAUGGCAAAUCCCAGGACAAAUCUCAGGACAAAUCACCUGCUUCUAGCGAAGCAGGUGAAGCAGCUGACGAAGACGACGUCACCCUCAGAAUCAGAAUCCCCCCCAUCGAGAGAACCGGCGAGUCCCUCGACAGAAAGCGUGCCCGCUUGAUCUACCAGUCCCGUAAGCGUGGUAUUCUCGAAACGGACUUGCUCUUGUCCCGUUUCGCUGCCAAGUACUUGAAAACCAUGUCUCCGGAAGAGUUGCAGGAGUACGACGAGUUGUUGAACGAGCUCGACUGGGACAUCUACUACUGGGCCACCGAGAACUACUCCAUCACGCCGCUCCCCGACAAGUGGAAGGACUCCAAGAUGCUCAAGAGGCUCCAGGAAUUCAGCAAGAACAAGGACCGCGAGAUCUUGAGCAUGCCGGACUUGUCGAAGUAUUGA